AUGAUGAUAAGUUAUCCUGGUCUUGCAAAAUUGAAAACGAAGACGGUUGUGUAUCCAAAUGUGCUUCUGGCUAGCGACUCAACUACGCUCGAAGAGCUAAAGGAGUUAAGCUCAUUACGUAAAGCAAUCGAGGAUUCCAUUAAUGAUAGUAGCAAUGUCACAAACGCCAUUGCACGAGAAAUGUCUGGCGGCCUCACAUCCCGUUACGAACAGGACAUUCAAAAACUGGCAAACUAUCUGCCUCUGUUGGAAAACCUGGUACACAACAUUAAUGCGAAAUUCAAGAAUGAAAAGAUGGUUUGCUGGGUUUCGAGCCUCAAAAUACGGUGGACAAGCGUGCUUAGUUCGUCUUCAAUCUUUCACAUCAAAGGCCCGAAAUUCCAUCAAAUAAACGAUAUCAAUUUCGAGCUCGGGAUGUCGCUGUUCCUCUAUGAUGUUGUCCAAUCGGCCGCGCUCUUCAGAAAGGCAGCCGGAGUUUACGAUUAUUUAGCAAAAGAAGUUCAUAUUUUGGUAACUCGGACAGAAGAUAGGAUUCCGGAAGCUAUGCCUAAUAUAUCUUCUAUUAUGAGCCUCAUUUGCUUAGCAGAUGCUCAGGCUGUGACGACAAAGAAGUCGGAAGAAAAUGGGAAUUCGGGCAGGCUUUUAGCGAAAUUGCACUAUGGCAUUACGGAGUUUUUGUCCGAAGCUAUCGAAUUGUUGCAAGCCACAACCAAAGAUUGCAAAGAUAUUACGUCUCGCCUUAUGGAUUACAUGAUGACUUGCAAGAGUCUACACGAGUUAAAGAGUUACAAGUACAUUGCGGAGAACCUAAAAAGCGAAGGUAAGUUUGGUUUAGCGAUCGGAAUUCUUCAGCGGGAAAUUUCAAAUGACAAGAAAGUGGCGAUAAAGGACGAGUCUUGGAGAUCGGUACGCAAACAGGUGGUGAAUGAGUUGAGCGUUGUCUUAAGGAAAUACGAGCACGAGAAUGAAUUUGUGUGGCACGAGAAAGUUCCCAGUAAAUAUGAACUCCCCUGGGCUCAAGGUGUGAAAGUUGUUAGUGCCAUUCCAUACCAGCCACAGAAAUUGGAAAAAAUACUUGAAUUCAAAUUGAAGCUGCUAGGUUUUGGUGGGAGAAAAAUGAUAAGGGGCACAAUAAGAUUCAUUGGGUUGCUGGGGAAAAAUUAUCUAGGCCUAAAAGGUGAGGGAGGACUAGGUUUUAAGGAUCUCAGAACCUUCACUGAGGCUUUACUCAUGAAGCAGCUCUGGAGGGUGCUUAUCAAACCCAAUUUGCUUAUGAGUAGAGUAAUCAAAGGGAGAUACUUUAGUAAGGAGAGGUUGAGUGAGGUGCACAAGAGCCUCUACUUGCUGGCAAUUGCUUGGGGUGAGCUGGAACAUAUUGCAGAACAUGGAAUGCAAAUUCCAAGACUGGUUGGUGGAGGUAAUUUGGGAAAGAGUGGAGAGAGGAGAACUGAAGAUGGUGCAAAGGAGGAGACGAUAAAAUACUGGAUGGCUAACUUUGGAGAUGGUGUAGAUGGCAGGAGUGAGGAAGGACAAAGAUCUGGUCGGGAAGAGCAUUUUUACAGAGAAGAAGGACAGAAGUCUAUUUCUGUCAGUGCCUCAAGUUCUACUAGUGACAUAUUGAGUCUUGAAGGAGUUGCUGCAGAGGGAGAAAACCUAGUGCAACAGUGGUCACAGACUCUAGACUUUGAAGGCAACAAGAAAGAGGCAGGGUUGGUAGCAGUUAGAUGGAGAUUACUUAGAGUGAAAGAAAUGGAGUGGAUGGAAGUGAACUGCAAGAUUGAAGACAAAAGCCUUCUAGAUUUGCUGCAGAGAAGAGACCCCUUUGAUUGUUACACCUCUAUUGUACUAGAUGAUAUUUUGCUAUUCAUUUCUGCUGAUUUUAAAUAUAACUUUAUGUUAGAUAAAGUGAGGUGUGGUGUUUUAUUCUCAGUUAGUCGAGAGGGCCCAGACUGUACCACCUAUAUAGGUGUGUGCUUAGGUGGGAACGUGGUAACCAUUUGA